GUGCGUGCGUAAAUUGCGUCUGUGCAUCCGUGCACCCGGGCCAUGCGACUGACCCGCACACGCGUAAGACCCUGCCGCCGACGCACCAAAGGAACAAAUCCAAAUCUCUCAUCUCUCACUCUCUGUUCAUCUGCCCAUCCCUUCCACUCAUCUCAUCCCGCCCUCUCUUCUCACACAUCCGCCUCUUCUCACGCAUCCACCUCUUCGAACUCUUAUUCACGUCGCCCGUUAGAAAACAAAAACUUUCAUGACCCAGGUCGUCGAUCCCAGAACCCCAUCCUCAGACCAGCCUCAUCAGACAGAACCACUCAUGGCGUUCGAAUCCCAUGUAGGCUCAGGAGUAGCCCCGUCGAAUACCGCAACCACAGGCAGCCCCGGUUUCUAUGGCACUGGCAACCAUAGUGGCAAAAGUGGAACUGCGAGCGACCGUUGGCCAUCACUGCUGAAUAUCAGGCAGGUCAUCACGGCAUUCAUCCUUGAGAUCGUCUCUACCUCGAAGCCACUUCGUGAAAAACUAAACAUUGUGGCCAUACAGGCCUGGCACCAGUACCUCUCGUAUGCGCAAACGUACCCUCUGCUGACGAUGUUCAUAUCUGCUCUGGUGCUUCUAUCUGCAGGGCCAGUCAUCGUCUUUGCCUGCGUCACAGGCGUGUCAUUGGGCAUCCUCGUUGGCACCGCAGCCGUGUUUGUGCUUGUCGUCCAGUCCAUCGUCGUGUGCAUCGCCGGCGCGAUCCUCCUCUUCAUCCUCGGAACUAUCGUCGUGCUCACGGUGUUUACGUUCUUCUGGCUGGUUGUUGGAUAUAAGGGAUUCAACUUCUUGAGAAACCUCGGCCUUGUUCUGCAUGCCCAACAUCAGCUACACCAGCAACAGCAACCUCAGAACACCAGCGCCAGUCGCCAACCCGUAAAGACCAGCGACACGGCUUUCCCUUGAAAUCUGUACUAUCAAGUAUGCAUCCUUCUUCAUUACAAUCGCAAUCUCGUAAGGACACAAUCU